AUGAACGGGAUCGACCGGCGCCAACUCCGUUCGCGGCAAACAGAAAAGAGUUUUCGCUCGCGCCGCGUGCGGACGCCUUGGUUACGCUCCGGCAGUAUCGGCGCGAGAAUUAAAAAAAAAACUUUCGAUGACAUUUCAUACAAAAUGAUUCGCGCGCUUUUUUACUUUUUUCUCGUGGCCGCGGUUCAAGGGACUUUCGUGGUGGACGAGGAAUGCCUCAACUACACAAUUUAUCCGGUGCAAUACGAACUUGUGAUAAGCCCUUAUAUUUACGAGGACAGAGCUUUCUACGACUGUCAUUUAUCUAUUACAGUGAUCGCGAACGCUCCCGAUAUUCGAAUGAUCGAAUUGGACGCGAAAAAUAUGACGAUAAGUGGGGAAUCGAUUAAAGUUUACAAGGGAGAUAGGAAUAUAGUGGACCUCCCCCGACCUUUUAUUUACGAUAAGGAGCGCGGGAAGCUAUAUAUUUAUCUAAGCGAGGCUUUGAUACCUUAUAAGGGUAGACAUUUGCAGAACUAUGUGAUAAGUAUGUCGUUUAGGAAAGAAGUGACCUUUGAGAGUAGUGGCGUAUUUUUAGUGAAGUACUAUGACGAAAAUCGGAAAGCUAAGUACCUCAUGCAAACGCGACUGUCACCGAACAAGGCAAAGUAUUUCAUACCUUGCUUUGACAACCCACAGUUUGAGUCCGUGUUCAAGAUAACGGUCUACCAGAUGCCACCAGAGAGCCGUGUCCAGUACACCAACACCAGUAUCGUCAUAGCCCCGGAGAUGAAAAGGGAGAUUUUAUCGGACAAAAGGAUGGUCAUACAUUACGUGCCUUCACCGCAAGUGGCUCUGUACCAGCUCGCAUUUCAUAACUCUCAAUUCUGGAAUAUACAGCUCUCAUCCAAAUAUACCAACGACACUUUAGUAGUAUGGGCGCCAAGAGACGAACUAAAGAAUUGCUUCUACAUACUAAGAUUUGGAAUAAAAAUUAUUGAUAUCAUCCACGAAUACUCGUCUGUAAAUCGUUCUUUGGUCACAAGUCCGAUCAAUGUGGUCGGUAUACCAACCUAUCUUAAUGGUUAUGAAAUUGCCAGUUGGAAUCAACUGACCAACAACAUCAUCCGAGUCAUUUAUCUACCAGAGUUCAUCAGUGUGAGACAAACGGAGGCGAUGAAAUUCGAACUAGCUCAGCAGCUGAGUAGGAUAUGGUUAGGGAACCCCGGGGAGGAGGCCCGAACCCGGUGGAAACAGGAAUGGUUCAAAGAAGGAGUGGCUACCUACCUAGCUUAUCACUUUUUAGCUCAGUACGACUAUGGUGCUCAGCACAAUAAAUAUAAACAGUCUAUAGAUCAUUACGGUAUAAACAUGAAGCACCUAGCAAUGUCCCACGACUGGCACCACAGUACGCCAGCUCUUAUUAGCUUUAACGAUGAAUUGGCUGUGAAAAUUCCUUGGAGAUAUAAAGAGCUGGUGACUAUGAAGACGGCAUCCCUUCUCUGGAUGGUAGAGAACUGGUUGGGGUCUGAGAAGUUCCACCAGGCUUUGGUGAAAUAUAUCAAUAGCAGAAGAGGAAAAUACAUAUCAUUGCAAGACUUCAUGCAGAGCCUCGACCACGACACGGUGGAAUGUUUCCACCAGUUCUUCAACGGCUCCACCGCAUCGAAGAUCCUCAACUCUUGGUUCCAUCAUUCUGGAUAUCCCGUCAUUGAAGUAAACGUCAUGAGAGAUUCUUCUUCUGAAAAUGUUGUACAAUUAAAACAAAAACGAUUCAGCUUUAUUGAAAAUAAAAGGCAAGAGACUGAUCUCCUCAUUCCUAUAUCGUACAUUAUGCAAAAUAUGUCUAAUUGCUUUAACUGCUACCAGCCUCGAUUCACUAUCGGAAAGCAAACCUAUACGUUCAAGGAAAAUUUGAACAAUGGCUGGAUCAUACUAAAUAGUCACGCAUCAGGUUAUUACCGCGUUAAUUAUGACGAACAAACUUGGAAACUCAUAGCUCAGACUCUGAAGGAGAAUAUGGGUUUGAUAGAUGAAAUGAAUAGAGCCCAGAUCGUGAACGAUGUGUUCGCUCUGUACGUCUCUGGCGAUAUGUCUCUGGAAUUGGCGUGGUAUAUUCUCGACUACUUGGAUAAGGAGCGUAGUGUUUUAGUAUGGGAAGCAGCGAUAUCAGGAUACGAGAUGCUGCGUAUAGAUGGCGCUAACUGUCACAUGACCAGAACUCUCUACAGAGAAUGGCAGAGUUUCUUGCGCAUGAAAGUGCAGUCGAUUUACAAGAUUCUGACGAACAGCAUCGAGCAGCAGCGGAACACUCGUUUGUUCCGGAGUAGGAUCAUCGAAUUCGCGUGCUCCAUCAAUUACGACAAGUGUUUGAACUACGCCAACCUUCUAGUGAAUCAAUGGAGACACAAGAGGACAAGAAUUGAUCCGGAUGCUCGACCUGCGUGCUAUUACGUCAUUUAUGAAUCUCUCGACGGGUUCUCUAGCGCAGAUACUUUCAAUGCCUACGAAUCUGAAGACAAGAGUUACGCAGAAUACGUUCACCGAAGAGAAAGUAAUUUCCUGAAGAGAAUACCCAUGGGUGAGCAGAGACCUAGUAAUAUUACAAUGUCGACUAUGAAACCGGUAAUAGCGUCAACCCAAAAGAGCCCACUCAUAGAUGACCACACAGACAAAUCACACCAUAUUCAAUCUUCAGUAAUUAUUUUAGUCUUAGCAAUAUUGAGUGUUAUUCUAGUGCGAUAAAUUGUGUUACAUAGAAAUCUCCAUACGUUUUGCAAAGUUAAGGCCUAAAAAUUGAUGUUACGCCCAGGUAGUUAUCAGCCCUAAUUUGUAUCAUCAUCAGCCUAUUAAUGUCC